AUUACACGUGACAAUAGCGAGCUUUUAUCUCGCUAUCUCCUGCUCACUCGAGCAAGUCCGCCGCCCCGACAUCGGGAACCCCAGCGACUCCGCCCGUCCUCCGCCACUACUCGGCGUUGUCUCUACCGGCCUCCGCCACCUGUCCGAUCCAAGAUAUUUGCUGACUUCAUUCGAGAUUACUGGACUUUUGGUUUCUGGAUUAGGAUGAGUCAUGUUCAAUCUCUUUCCUCUCCUAAUAGAGGUCUCCUUAUUCGGCCGGAUGCAAGACAUGGAAGAAAAUUUUCUUCCUUAUCUCGGGCCUUAUACUCAAAUGCUACAUACUUAUAUGCCUCUCCAUCUAUUGAGUUCUGUCAACACAAGGUGUUCCCAAGAUUGAUUCAUAAUGCACGAAAGAGUGGAAGAUGUGCUCCAGUUUAUGCAUCUGGGAAAAAGGGAGACUCUACGAGUGAAAACGAGCCUUUUUCAUGGGAAACACUAAAGAAAGCUGUUGGAGGUUUUACUUUUAGGAGAGAGCUAACAGUGCAGGAUAUGUUGAGAGAGCGGGCACAGGAAAGGCAAUUUGAUGGUAAUGGAGGUGAUGGAAUAUCUGGUGGCGGUGGUGGGGAUGGUUCUGGUGGACCAGAAGAUGAAGGUUUUGCAGGACAAUUUGAUGAACUCCUGCAGGUGAUUAUGGCAGUAAUCGUUGUAGUGGUGCUGUAUGUCCUAAUGAUCAGUGGCGAGGAAAUAACACGUCUUGUCAGGGACUAUAUCAAGUAUCUUUUUGGAGCUAAAGCCAGUGUCCGCUUGACACGUGCUAUGAAGAAAUGGCGCAAGUUCUACCGGAGUGUUGCUCGGAAAGGAGUGGUGAGAAAGGAUUGGUUGGAACGUGAGAUUGUUGCAACGCCAACAUUGUGGCACAAUCCUAAGUGGCUGGCGUUUGUAGUGCGGACUUGCUAUGAGAGAUACGGGGAAGAGAGAUACGGGGAAGAAAGUGAUUGAAAUUAUUGUCUGUUUACAUCCAUUUUGAGAGUACCGAAUCUUAGUUUAUGUAAGAAAAUGGAGACAAUCCCUUCAAGUAUUCUUGUUGUUCAACUUGUUAAAGGAGUUCACCCACACUUUGUAUUCGUCGUAAUCAAUGAUACACUUAGUUUCACUUUCAUCAACAAAUUGUAUGGAUGUGGCUUUU